UGACAUGAGCACUGUCAGAUUGUGAUCAGAACUGACAUAGGCUUUGCCUGGGGAAGAUUUAGGAGGUAAGAUUCAGAAACUGCAUCCGAUAAAAGAGACUAUUCUAGGGAGAGAGCAAAGUGGGCAUAGUGCCACAGUCCUGAGAAGAGCUCAUUCCUCAGUCUCCUAAUAGCAAUGAUCCAUGAUAUCUGGUGCUUCAGCAAAGAACAACUCCAGAUGGUGGCAGGCAUCCUCUGAAGACUGAAGAUCACUAAGUAUAUACAGGAAGACCCCAGCACCAUGCCCUGCUUGCUGCUGCUCCUUACCCUGAUCUCAUUCCUCUCUCCAUUCAAUGCUGUCCAAUCUCAAUGCCAGCUACCUGCCCCUAGUACCACUGAACAGCUUUCUGUUAAGGGGGAUGUGCUCAUUGGAGCUGUCACCCCCUUACAUGCCCAGCUUGUCCGGCAGAAGGUGACCUUUCACCAGCCUCCAGAGCAGCCACCAUGCCAACAAUUCAAAGCUCGUUUCUUCCUGGAUGCCCUCGGCAUGCUAUUUGCCAUGGAAGAAGCAAAUCAAGACCCCACCUUCCUGCCCAACAUCACUGUGGGAUUCCAGGUCUAUGACUCCUGUGUGUCUGGGCACCGGGCUCUUGGGAGCACUCUGGGCCUUUUGUCUGGACAGCUCCUCCUGACACCCAACUUUGAUUGCUGUCCCCAGCGCCGACUCCUGGGAAUCAUAGGUGGGAUGACUUCUCCGGAGUCAGAGGCCAUGGCUGAGCUGCUGUCAGUUUACCGAGUCCCUCAGAUAAGUCACGGAUCUCAACAUCCCCAAUUUUCUGACCGCCACCGGUUCCCCUCCAUGCUCCGCACAGUCCCCAGCAGAGCCCACCAACCUCAGGCCAUGGCCAAGAUUCUCUUCUACUUCAACUGGACCUGGGUGGGCCUUGUAGGCUCAGAUAGUGGUGCCUUUGAGUUGUUGGAUCAGGAAUUCCGGAAGGAGGUUGGAAAGAAUGCAGGCUGUGUGAGCUUCUCGAAGAGGAUUGAUGGCCAUGUCAACAAUGUGGGCGAUGUGGCUGAUGCCAUCCAGGACUCCACUGCUAAGGUGAUCAUCUGUGACUGCUACCACAUUCACUUCAUUCUCCUUGCCAAGGCCCUCCAAAAGAAGAACGUGACCAGCAGGAUCUGGCUCAUGUCAUCUUCCUUUUCACCAGAUGCCUCAGUGUUGGGUAGGGAAGCCAGAGAGAUGCUAAAUGGGGGCCUGUCUCUGGGGAUACACUCAGGACAAGUGCCUGGCCUCAAGCACUUCUUGUCAACUCUGUACCCAGCCAUGUUCCCAGACAACCACCUGAUAAAAUUGUUCUGGCAGGAGUUGUUGGGCUGCACCUGGCCUGGGCUAAAGCCUGUUGGCCCUCGAGUAGGACAUGUUCCCCCUAACUGCACAGGGCUGGAGCAGCUGACACCGACCCAUCUGUCUGUACUGAACCUGGAUGACUUGACUGCUACAUACCAGGCUUACCUGGCAACCAAAGCCUUCCUGGCAGCUUAUCAGAACCUGAAGGCCUGCUCUCCUGGGGAGGGAUCAUUUACUGGUAGCAAUUGUGCCAGUACAGGAGAUUCCAGGCCAUGGCAGCUUUUACAGUAUCUAAGGGCUGUUCACUUCACUACUGGAGCCCAGGAAGAGAUCUUCUUUACCUGGGAUGGGGAGAUCCCAGCAAUUUUUGAUGUUAUAAACAUACACCUUGCUCCUGACCACACUUUGCAGACUACCAAGGUUGGAUACUUAGAUUUCAGGCAACCUCCUGGGAAAGAACUGGUGAUAAACAGCAGUGCCAUCAUUUGGGCUGAAGGGCCUGGGAAGACACCUCUUUCAGUCUGCAGUAAAACAUGUCCUUUGGGAACCCGGAAGUCUGCCAUCCAGGGGCAACCAAGCUGCUGCUAUCAGUGUCUUCACUGCCCAAAAGGAGAAGUAGCCUAUGUACUAGACAGUGCCAGUUGCCUGAAGUGCCCAGAGGACCAGUGGCCAAACAAUGAGAAGAAUCAGUGCAUCCCCAAGAUUCUUGACUUCCUCUCCUACAAGGAGCCCCUGGGCAUGGCAUUAACCACCUGUACAACCUUUCUUUUUCUUCUCACCUUGACCAUCCUUGGCAUCUUCAUAUGGCAUCACCACACUCCCAUAGUCAGAGCCAACAACCACAGGCUAAGUUACCUCCUUCUCUGCUCCUUGGCACUAUGUUUCCUCUGCCCAUUCAUGUUCAUUGGUUUCCCGAUACCUCUGACCUGUGCCCUGCGCCAGGCAGCCUUUGGGAUUAUCUUCACAGUCUGCGUGUCCACCACUCUGGCCAAAACCAUCAUCGUUGUGUCUGCCUUCAGGACCACCAGACCAGAUGCUAGAUUCAGGAAGUGGGCAGGAUCAAGUCUCCCCAAUGCCAUCCUCAUUGGCUUCUCAUUGGUCCAGAUUGUUCUGUGUAUGUUCUGGGUCAUAGGCUGGCCUCCAGUGCCCAUGAAGUCUACAGAGGCAGGGCCCAAAGUCACCAUGCUGUGUGGUGCAGGCUCUUCGGAGCUCUUCUAUGCUAUGCUAAGCUACUUGGGCUUCCUAGCUCUGGUCAGUCUGGUGGUGGCCUUCCUAUCCCGCCGACUGCCUGACACCUUCAAUGAAGCCAAGUACAUCACUCUGAGUAUGGUGGUCUUCUCCUGUGUUUGGAUCUCCUUCAUCCCAGCCCACCUGAGUGCUCAGGGCAAGGACAUUGUAGCUGUGGAGAUCUUUGCCAUUUUAGCAUCUGGGGCAGGCCUGAUGGGCUGUUUAUUCUUCCCUAAGUGCUAUAUCAUCCUGCUCCAGCCUGACAAGAAUACAAGGGAUCAGAUGAUGGGCAAGCGUCAUUUCAAGAAAUGAAACCAAAACCGGUCUUUCCAUUUUCCUCAUCAUAGGGGAAAAGAGAUUCUCAGCACUUCCUAGCUCUCUCCAAGCUAUCUUCAUGCCAUGAAAUGGCCAGUACCUCAUUUAAGUUCUUUAUACCUGGCUGUCAUUCAUAUAAGCCAUGGGUUUUCUCUCCCGGAAUGGAACAUUUCCCCUUUACUUUUCUGCCAAUCCAAAUCCUGCCAGUCCCUUCAGGGCCGACUCAAAUACUCCUUCCAAUUAGGGAGCUUUUGGUUAGUGUUAUUCAGUCAUUCAGUCAUGUCUGACUCUAUGUGACUCCUGGACUUUUGU